AUGUUUGAUCGAAAGCAGCCAAAGGUCAUUUACAUGCCGCAUGGAGACGCGCCUGCUUCACCAGCCACAACGAUGUAUCGAACACCGUCGUCGGCGCAUCCUUCGGGCAGCAACUUCCAGCCAGAGAUCAUUGUCGGAAUUGAUUUUGGUAUGACAUGUACCGGCGUUGCAUAUUCCAUGGCACCGGACUGGUCACGUCCAACAACCAUUCAACAUUGGCCAGGACGACUCGGCCACGAGAACCGAAACAAGGUCGCCACCACCAUAGCUUAUGAUAGCAGAACUAGCAAACCCGCGUCGUGGGGCUUCUUGGUGGAUGAAGACGAUCCUAACCUGGAUAUUCAACAGUAUUUUAAGCUCUACCUCGAUCCAGCACAUGACGAUGAAUUUCGUAAUGCACCAAAUCUGGACGAUGCACGAAGAUGGUAUGUUGACUACCUACGGUGCAUUUACCAUGCUGUAUGUCAACAUUUCGAUGCAAGCUAUCCCAGGUGGAGAGGUAAGCCCAUUGAGUUCCUUUUCAGCGUACCGACGACAUGGAGGAAUCCUGGUAUGAUUGGAGAACUCGAAAGUUUGAUACGCCAUGCUGGGUUUGGCGAGCGACCAGAGCAGAAAGUGGUCAUCUCUCUCACAGAAGCCGAAGCAGCUGCCGUAUAUGCCAGUAAACAACACUAUCAAUCAGGAGAAGUCUUCCUUGUUUGUGAUGCUGGUGGAGGCACGACUGAUGUCAACGUCUUGAAAGUGGCCAGUGACACCAUGCUUACACCACUGAGCUUUGUGGAAGGGUCAGCAAUCGGCUCAAGUCUGAUAGACUACAAAAUGGAGGAGAGGAUUCUUGAGAGAUUGGAAAGCAUUAAACACCAUCUUCUUGAUGAACCAGUCAGGAUUGCUGAGCAGAUGAUCAGUAGUGGCGGCAGGUUCGAGACAUUCAAGUGCUCUUUCGGUACGGAAGCAUUGCAAGUCCUGGACCUUCUCAUCCCUGUGCCUGGUCUUCCACAAGGUAAAGACUUUCCUCAAGCUGGUAUCUUAGAUGGUAAGAUGGUCAUUACGAAGCAAGAGCUGCAGAAAAUCUUCGAUGAACAGGUCGAGAGAAUAUGCGACCUGAUUGACGGAGAGCUUCGCAAGCUGCAGGUUGAGCAUGCCAAGGAGCAAGUAUCAUAUAUCGUCCUGUCUGGUGGUCUGGGAAGCUCGCCUUAUGUGAGACAGUGGAUUUGCAAGCGAUAUGAAUCUGGAACAUUCUCAAAUGCUCGAAAUUUGAGGGUACUGACUGCACUGGAACCACAACUGGCUGUGACGCAUGGAUUGGUCAUUGAUCGGGCACAAGAGCUGAAGAGUGGUGCUGGAAUCUUUCUUGAGCGUUGUUGCCGUAACAGUUAUGGGGUCGUGGUUCGUGCUCCUUACGAUCCGAUAACACAUAUGGGCGAAGAUGUAGUGAUAGAUCCUAGGGAUGGUAUGAAAUGGGCUGAGAGACAAAUCGACUGGAUCAUCAAGCAGGGACAAAGAAUAGACGCAAGAGAAGGAAUCAGGCAGCAAUACCGGCUAAAGCUUGAUCUUGGGAAGGAGCGACAUACUUGGCGUACACAAAUUGUCUGCUCGUCCUUACCACCGACGCAAUUGCCGAAAAGCAUGAAAUGGGAAGGAACGAAGCCAGUUUGUGUUGUGGAGUCGAUAAUUAACGGAGCAGACCUAAAGCUCAAGAAUAGGCAUUGGUACAACCUUGGCAAACAGUACAUUCGAGCAGACUUUGCUCUGAAGAUCUUGAUUGGUCCAGCGGACUUGAAAUUCCAGCUUUGGGGUAGAGACAAGCAGCUGAGCAAAAGUCAUGACCAAAUUGCAGUGCAGUGGAACCCAUUGAAUACACGAGAAAGUGUCGCCAUGGAUCAGAAAGUCGAGAUGUAUAAGAGUUAUUGA